GGAAGCCAGCAGUGACGUCACUUUCCAGAAGUCCCCUUCAGCUUUCAGACAGCGGCGACGAAGGAGCAGCAAAAAUAACAGGAGAGCGCCAGUCUCUGGGAGACCCUUCGGUUCUAGCUGAGACCCACACAUCCACCUUCCAGAAUGUCUCUGUAUCCAUCCCUGGAAGACCUCAAGGUUGACAAGGUCAUCAAGGCUCAGGCCCAGUUUGCACAGAGCACCGCCCCCAUGCCGGCCAUCACUGAGGGAACCUACCAGCCUCAGCCUGUGACUGCUGGGAUGCCAGGAUCCAGUUUGUACCCUAAUCUGGAGGAGCUCGGAGAUUACAUGGGCCUGGCCCUCAACGGCGAUGAAGUCCAGAGGAACCUGGCUCUUGUGCCUGUGGCCGACAAUCAAGUGGCCCUACCCUCCAGCUCAGGUGUCGGGGGAAUGGUCCGCCCCGUGACGGGGACGGACGUGGGCAUCAUGAGGGCGGAGAUCCGUCCGGGGCUUCGGGAGAUCAUCCUCUGUAAGGACCAGGAAGGGAAGGUCGGGCUCCGGCUGAGGGCCAUCGACAACGGCCUGUUUGUCCAGCUGGUGCAGGCCAACUCCCCCGCCGCCCUGGCUGGGCUGCGCUUCGGGGACCAGGUCCUUCAGAUCAAUGGACAGAACUGUGCUGGGUGGAGCACAGACAAGGCCCACAAGGCUUUGAAAGCGGCGGCAGAAACCCGCAUCGAGAUGGUGGUCAGGGACAGGCCCUUCCAGCGCACCAUCACCAUGCACAAAGACAGCUCAGGACACGUGGGCUUCAUCUACAAGUCUGGAAAAAUCACCUCGCUGGUCAAAGAUGGCUCCGCUGCUCGCAACGGCCUGCUGACCGAUCAUUACAUCUGUGAAAUAAACGGACAGAAUGUCAUCGGACUCAAGGACUCUCAGAUUAAAGACAUCCUGAACACUUCCCCCACCACCAUGACCAUCACCAUCAUGCCCAAGUUCGUCUAUGAACACAUGAUAAAGAGGAUGUCCACAGCUCUGCUGCGCUCAGCCAUGGAUCACUCUGUCCCUGAGGUGUGAGGACCAGGAGCCGCGCUGAAAACCAUCAAGAUGUCUACAAAAUAGUUUCUCUCAUUUCUUUUCUGCUAUCUUUAACUCUGUACUUCUGUCUUCAUACCAGGAAACCUUCAACUCGCAAUCAUCAUUUCCCUUUAUUACCUGUAACAAAUUCUGAAAACACUUUUUUUUUACUUUUUACCUUCCACAUUUUAUCAUCUUCUUUUCAUUCGUACUGUCUGUAUGUUAAUUUAGUAGUCUGAUAUGUAGAAUGUUUCUGUUUUUUUAUUCAGGAUUAGGACAACAGAUUAAGUUCCUUUUUUCUGUUCCUUUUUAAAAAGAAAAAAAAAACAAAACAUGCAUAAACCAUCUUGGGUCCAGAGCUUCCUCCCCAGCGUGGAGCCGAGUCAGCGACUUCAUCCUUUUCUAAAUGCUGUAAAAGCUGAUUGGCAGCCAUGUAGAGCGCAGAUUUAGUCCCUGCACACCUUUCUCUGUAAAUAAUCCAAUCUGAACUAAUACCUAGGCUCUCACAAGAAAAAAAUAAAUAAAUUCAUCUAGUUCCAGUGUACAGUCAUUUACCAGGGCCAGUGGCGUGAUUUAACAAAUGAGUGUUUUUUACGUCCUCCCAUUUACUGGUGAGGACAAGCUUUUAGUCAAACGUCGUGAGUGUUAGCAUUUUUUUAAUUUGUUGUCCCUGGAUGGAGUUGGUCAGAAAAUAGCAGUUGUCCUUAUUGUCCAGGAGGUGGCGACCUACUGCAACACGGUCCCUACCUCUGAUGAGCUGGCUACUACGAACACUGUGCACAUUCCAGCGGUCACCGUUAGGAAAAGGGGCAACAGAUGAUGUUUGUUCCCCCCGUGCAGCGGGAGGACUGUCCACAUGUGACGAGGGGGAGAAAUCAUCCUAAACAGAAACAACGGGAACAUUGUGCUUGCCUGUUAGGAGGCGCUAAAGUGUUGGACGGCUUGUGUUUCCAACCAUCAUGUUUAAGGAACUAGCUGUUAUUAUUUCAGAGGGGGCCGAAGCUGGGCCCGCCACUAAGUGCACUUUCCAUUUCCUUCUAAGAGGUUGUUCCUCAUGUAUCCAUUUCACCGUUUAAUUUCACUUUGUUUUUUAAUCUUUGUGGUGCCUCAUGCUAACCAGAGAAAUCUUGUAAAACUGCUCAGAUUCGGUCAUGUAGAUUGAAAGAUUUUCAUGCUGUCUUCUGCUGCGUGUCGUCCCUUUGUGCCCCCCCCCCCCCCCCCCAGACCGCCCAACUCCCACCCGCGCUACGGCUGAUAGUCGCAGUUCGACCGAGCAGAGAUUACAAUUGUAAAUUCCUACACGGUAUAUACAUGUUUCUCCUUUUUAUUGACGUUCAUUUUUGGAUGCAUGUACUUUUUUUCAUUUUCUCGGUAUGCAAUCUGAUUAAAAAAAAAAAUGCUGUCAUUCUGUAAAAAAAAACAAACAAAAAAAAAACAAUAUACAAAAAUCUAAAAGUUUAUAUACGAAUGUAACCAAGAUAAUAUGGUGAAACAAAUAAAGUCUUUCUGUUCACAC